CUUUAAAAAGGGCACUCCCGAGUCUGCAACCGUUAAGUUACCAUAUUUGGUGGGUGGAGGAGCAGAUGACUGUUUAACGGUUAUGAUUGCUCCCUGCCAUCACCAGCCUAUCAGAUCUCACUCCGCCCGUUCCACUGGGCCCAGAGAGUCUAAAGCCUUCCUUAAACGCCGUCGUGUUAUAAUCUAUCUGCGAGCUUCAACGGCCAAAAAUAAAAGGCCGCCAGGCGCCAAGCAAAGUUUUGGUGGGUAAGUAAGAACUGAGAUUCUGAAGCAAUGAGUCUCACGAGACGCGUCUCUUCAAGCUUGCCCCAGUUUGUUGGAUUUGCAAAGAGGUCCUUCAAAUCUUACAAAUUACCCGGAGAUCCCUCUUCUUCUCCCUCUCUAACUUAUGGCAUCCACAUCUUCCAUUGCCCUGAUGAAGUUGGGAUUGUUGCAAAGCUAUCAGAAUGUAUAGCUUCAAGAGGAGGAAACAUACUUGGAGCUGAUGUUUUUGUUCCUGAAAACAAGAAUGUCUUCUAUUCCAGGAGUGAGUUUGUUUUUGACCCUGUUAAAUGGCCUCGGGAGCAAAUGGAUGAAGACUUCAUGAAGCUAUCAAGAAUGUACAGUGCUACAAGAUCUGUUGUCAGGGUCCCUGAUCUAGACCCCAAGUUUAAAAUCAGUGUCCUUGCUUCAAAACAGGACCAUUGCCUCGUAGAUUUGCUACAUGGAUGGCAGGACAGAAGACUUCCAGUUGAUAUUACUUGUGUGAUAAGUAAUCAUCAUAGAGAUCCAAACACUCAUGUGAUGAGCUUUCUUGAAAGGAACAAUAUUCCGUAUCAUUAUUUGCAAACAACUAAAGAGAAUAAAAGAGAAGGGGAGAUCUUAGAGUUGGUUCUGAAUACUGAUUUUUUAGUACUUGCCAGGUACAUGCAGGUUUUAUCUGGUCAUUUUUUGAGGACAUAUGGGAAGGAUGUAAUUAACAUUCACCAUGGCCUUUUGCCAUCAUUUAAGGGUGGGAAUCCAUGUAAACAGGCUUUUGAUGCGGGUGUGAAAUUAAUUGGUGCAACAAGUCACUUUGUGACUGAAGAACUUGAUUCGGGGCCUAUUAUUGAACAGAUGGUUGAAGGAGUUUCUCACAGAGACAAUUUGCAGAGUUUUGUGCAAAAAUCAGAGAACCUUGAGAGGCAAUGCCUUUCCAAGGCUAUAAGAUCAUAUUGUGAACUGCGAGUUUUACCAUACGAGGAGAACAGGACUGUUGUAUUUUGAGAGGGCAAAUUAGAAGAUAAAGCAGUGUAAAAGGAGGAGGUUGGGGUGUUAUGAACGUUCAAUUAAUCAUAUGGAAUGUCUAGCAAAAGUAAUUUCACUCCAUGCAUCUCUAAUUCCUUGUACCAGCUUUCAAAAAUCCUGCAGAUAGCGGGCUUUUGUCAAUAUAGGAAUCUGGGUGUUUGAUCCAUUGCCUUUGUCCAAAGAAGAAAAGGAAAUUUUUCAGGUUCAAGAUGCUUCUGAUCCAACCGUGCACACACCCUCCUCCCCCCCCCCCCCCCUUUCCCUCUUCUUUCCAUUGUCUGUCUUUUUUCCUCGAUCACUUUGUCUUGUAUGAAGCCUCUUUUACUUGACUAGUUAACCUCUUGAUAGAGGCUUAUUCAUUUAGAGAGCUUUGCCUAGUUUGUCUGCACUAUCAAAUAUCGAGCUAACCAAGUGGUUGAGCGAUCGAGCUCUGAGCAGGGACCA